AUGCACUACCUCGCAGCCGUUCUGAAGCAAAAUAUGGCACUUUUCGACGACAACGGGUCUGGUGAUAUCCUUUCCCAUCUCACGGACGACACAAAGGCAAUACAGAAUGCCAUUUCCUCCAAGCUGUCACAGACCAUCAGCGCCUUUGGCACAUUUAUCACUACUAUUGUGGCGUGUUUCAUUCUUGACUGGGUCUUGAUGCUUGAAAUGACCUGGUCUUUUGCACUGGGCUACGGAGUCCUCUACUUUGGCGGCAAAUUAACCGUUCUAUACAGCGGUCGCAGCAUCGAGGCAUCCUCGGCCGGAUCAGCUGUGGUCGAAGAAGCACUCGGCUCUAUCAAAACGGUAACCUCUUUGGGUAUGCAGCCAUAUAUUCAUGCAAAAUAUAUGAACUUUUUAACACAAGCGGCCAAGCACGGUUUUAUUCUCUCCUCACUCAACCAACUCCUUCUCACCAUCUGCAUCGCAAGCGGCUAUUUCAAUGUUGCGCUAGCAUUUUGGCAAGGUUCAAUUCGGCUUACGGAGGGCAAAACGUCUUUUACUUCAAUUGUAGCCAUCUCAAUGAUAUCCAAGUCUGCUGCCUUCUGCGUAUUGGGUGUUGGUUCAAAUUUGGAAGCAUUUGCUGCGGCUACAGCAGGAGCCGGCCGCCUUGCAAGGAUCAUUCAGCGCGUGUCAUCAAUAGAUUCAUCUUCGGACCACGGGUAUAUACCAGAGCGCUUUGACAGCACUUUAGAGCUUCGUCAUGUGAGGCACAUAUAUCCAUGCCGACCAAACGUCGUCACCUUGAAAGACGUGAGCAUCAAGUUUCCAAUGGGACAAAUUACAGCUAUUGUAGGACACUCUGGAUCCGGGAAAAGCUCUAUCUCAAAUCUUCUCUUGCGCUUCUACGAUCCCCUGGAAGGGCGUAUCCUCCUGGAUGGAACAGACCUGUCACAUUAUCAACUUCGUUGGCUUCGUCAACAGAUCGCCGUCGUGAAACAGGAAUCAUUCAUGUUUAAUCGGUCCAUCUUCGAGAAUAUUGCGUGUGGAUUUACCAGGCCUCAGUGGGAAAUCGCCUCUUCGCUUGAACGGGAGCGAGCCGUAUAUAAGGCUGCCGAUAUAGCUCAAGCAAGUGAAUUUAUCAACCGGCUGCCCCAGGGAUACGACACAGUCGUAGGUAUACGGGGCUCGAGACUCUCUGGAGGCCAGCUCCAAAGGAUCGCUAUUGCUCGAGCUUUGGUUGGAGACCCUCGGAUUCUUAUUCUAGACGAGGCGACUUCAGCUCUUGAUAGUGAGACAGAAGCUAGGCUGUUAUCGACCAUGGCAGGAAAAGACAGCAAGAGGACCACCAUAGUUAUUGCCCAUCGCCUCUCCACAAUCCGCAAUUCGGAUAAUAUCGUUGUUCUCAACGAUGGGCGUGUCGUCGAGAGUGGAAGGCACGACGACUUGCUGGCUGCUAAAUCAUUUUAUUAUGACCUGGUGCAGGCACAGGAUAUAGGGAAUAAGGAUCGGACGGCGACAUCAACCAUUCCUGAGACGGCCAAUGUAACCCCAACUCAUGAAAGGGACGAAAGUCCGCCUGCAACUGAAGGAGUUCAUAAAGUUAUGGCAGGUGAUAACAAUGCAAAGUCAAUAAUUUCGUCUUCACUCUGGUCUAUGAUCCUAUUCAUUUUUAGGCUCAAUGAGGGAGAAUCGCAUUGGCUCAUUAUAGGACUCAUCUGCUGCAUUGUUGUGGGAUUUGAGGAACCGGCCUCUGCAAUUCUUUUUGGUAAAGCUAUCACAUCCAUCUCUCAGCCCCUAGACCACGCAGACAAGAUCCUAUCUAAUGCAAGCUUUUAUGCAUGGAUGUUCUUUGCCCUGGCGGUUGUGAUGCUGGUAGGGUUCGCCGUUCAAGGCAUCACUUUUGCCUUCAGUUCAGAGCAUCUCACGAAACGAGUUAGGUCUCUCGCCCUCAGCCAGUACCUGAGAAUGGAUAUAUCCUUCUUUGAUAAGAAAGAAAAUUCUGCGGCUGCUCUCUCUGGGUUCCUCUCCAACUCUACCAGUGACCUGACAGGGCUGAGUGGUAGCGCUCUGGGCGCCAUCCUUAUCUGUAUCUCUUCUCUUGUUUCUGGAAUCCUAGUUGGAUUUGCACUUGGAUGGAAGCUAGCGCUUGUGUGUUUUGCAGUGGUCCCCUUGAUGAUAGGAGGGGGUUAUUUUGGGAUUAUACUUGUUGGAAACUUUGAGAGAAAUAAUGAGGUCUUUGCCAAUAAAGCUGCUGAAUUUGCCGGAGAGACGCUUAAUGGUAUUCAGACCAUCGCUGCUCUAACCCGGGAGAAAGUUGCACUGGCAGAGUUCGAGGCAAUUCUCAACAGCACUAAAAAGGAGGCUCUGGUAGCAAAUCUGAAAUCGUCCUUCAUAUAUGCCUUAACCCAAUCAGCUUACUAUGCCUGCAUGGCUCUCAGCUUCUGGUACGGCGGUCAGCUCAUCCUUAGUGGAGAGUAUACCCUUUUCCAAUCGAUCGCCGUCCAGUCUGCGAUGCUUAUGAGUGCCAUCUCUGCCGGUUUGGUAUUCUCCUGGACUCCAAAUAUCGGCCAGGCAAAGCAAGCUGCCGCAUCUCUGCAGCGCUUGUUGACACAAAAAUCGUCUAUUGACCCGUCAUCCCCUUACGGGGAGAAACUGACCCCGCUGCGCGGUGACAUCGCCUUUGACUCGGUUAGCUUCUCAUAUCCUUCGCGCCCAAAUCACCGCGCCCUAGACCAAGUAAGCUUCAAUAUCCCAGCAGGAGCAAAUGUGGCCUUUGUCGGCGCCACUGGUUCAGGCAAGAGCACUAUCAUCUCACUGAUCGAGCGCUUCUAUGACCCUAUUGAUGGGACGGUGUUCGUUGACUCGAAGCCCAUUCGGUCGCUCUGCCUGUCAGAGUACCGCAGUCGCAUAGGGCUGGUUAGCCAAGAGCCUAACCUCUUCAGCGGUACACUGAAGAUGAACCUGACCCUUGGGUUGGGUGAAAAUGAAAAGCCAACAGAUGAUGAAAUCUAUAAUGCCUGUCGUGAAGCUAAUAUCCACGAUUUCAUCAUCAGUCUUCCGUGA